AUGUUCUUCGUUAAUUUUCUAUAUUUUGGGAUUGUAAACUGUAAAAUCUAUAAUGUGCUUGAUUUUGGUGUUGAAGGAGAUGGUCAAAUUGAUGAUUCAAAGGCUUUCAUAGAAGCAUGGAAAACUAUGUGUGGAGAUGAAGGAGACACAAAAACAAUAUUGAUACCCUCUGGUCAUACUUUCUUACUUCAACCUCUUCAGUUCGAAGGUCCUUGUGGAUCUUCUCCUGUAUUUCAGAUGGAUGGAGAUAUUGUUGCACCUAGUGAGCAAAGAUUGGGGUUGGACUUGAAUCAGAAAUAUCACAAGUGGAUAGCUUUUUCAAAUGUAAACGAUCUAACGGUGUUUGGUUCAGGGAGUAUCAAUGGAUUUGGUUCAUCUUUUUGGGAGGCAAUGGAUUUUCACAAUUGUAAUAACCUCAACAUAAGCGGGAUAACUUCCAAAGAUAGCCCAAGAAAUCAUAUAUCAAUCAAUAGUUGUAACAAUGUUGUGAUAUCGAAUAUACAACUCUUUGCACCAGAAAAAAGUCCUAAUACUGAUGGAAUUGAUAUAUCCACCUCGACCAAUGUUACAAUAUCAAAAUCCACAAUUGGGACUGGAGAUGAUUGUAUAGCUUUAAACACUGGAAGUGUUAAUAUUAACAUUACAGAGAUUGUUUGUGGACCUGGUCAUGGUAUAAGUAUUGGAAGUCUGGGAGCUAAUGGACAAGUAGCUAAAGUUGAAAAUGUCCAAGUGACUCAUUGCAUUUUCAACAAGACAUCAAAUGGAGCAAGGAUAAAAACUUGGCAGGGUGGAGAAGGAUACGCUAAGCAUAUAUAUUUUGAGCACAUUACCGUAAUUGAUGUAAUAAACCCAAUUAUUAUCGACCAACAAUAUAUUGAUAAAAGACAUAUCAAUUUUGAAGCUGAGAAGGAUUCAGAAGCUGUGGCGAUAAGUGAUGUAAAAUUCAUUGAUUUUCAUGGAACGAGCCCAAAUGAAAAAUUUAUAACACUAAAUUGCAGCAAAAUCAAGCCUUGCAAAAACAUUGUUGUGAAUGGUAUUGAUAUUUUUUAUAGAGUAGUCAUUAAUGUUUACAAGAGGAUAUCUGGAAACAACACCAAUACUGACGGUGCCAAGGCUCUUGAGACUCAUGCUGACAUGGCUUUACGUCUUGCAAAAGAACUUGAAAACACGACGAUUAGCGAUUCCGAUAAGGAAACCGUGCGCCGAGAUCUGUUUGGUAGUGAAUCAACCCAAUUUGUGGUGUUUACCGAACAAAUUUCGGCGCAUGAUUUCCCAAUCGGAAUCGCUAAUCUUCUUGCUUUCAAAUUCUUUUGA